UUCUGAACAGUCAGUGUCCUUUUACGGCUUUAAAUUUGAGACGUCUAAUUCUCAACUAACUCCUUGCUCGUCAGGCUAUACAUGGCCACAUGGCAACAACAAUAAACGCACACCCACUAAGCUACUACCAUUAUAUUAUCAUCUUCAGCAUCCAGUGGUAGCUAAGGCCCAGAAGAAAGAAGUGUGUUUUAACACCGCCGUAACAAAAUCAUGAACAACGAGGCGAUUUUCCGGGUCAUGCUUUGCUGGUUAGCGGCGGCCGCCGUGUUCACCGGGAUCUACACUCACUCUUUCAAGAAAACGGCGGCCACUUACAUUUUCGGGAUGUUUGCGAUCUGCAGCAUGCUCUUGCCGGACUGGGAAUACUUCGACCGUGACGUCACCCACUGGCUCACUCCUGUCACAGUUGAUCAUGACCCGCGCCCGGAAUCCUUGGGGAAAUCAUCUUCUCCGGCGAGGUUUAGAUUGCAACCGGUAAGAAUGGCUGUUUACACCGCCGUAUACGGCCUUGCUUUCUACAAAUGGUGGAACUUCAUUAUCUCAACCUAAAUUAGAUUAUAAACCACCUCUCAGCCAUGAUAUAAUGCAUAAUAUAUAUUUAUGAAUUGUCAUGACACUUAGCUAGCUUGACGUUAUAUUAUUGUAUGUGAAGUCAAAUCAUUUUCCCUUAAUUAUGUCAUUAUUUUACGAGUCCAAUUACAUAAACUUCCAGUUUAAUGCAAUAUUCAUAUGUAAACAUAAUAUUAAAUUAGAACCAAAACAAAUUAAAAUAUGAUAUACCAUACGUCCAAUGAAAUGCUCUGUAUUUGUCAAGUAUUCAUUUUUCUUUUUUGGUGACGAGAAAAACUUAUAACCAUCACAGAAGGUGUAUAUGUAAUAGUUAAAGUCUAUUUUGUGAGUUACCAUUCAAAUUUCAACUCCAAUCUAGAUACCAUAUGUACCGGGCUAUGUUAGCAAUGUCACUGAAUUCUUGGUUCCUCUUAGUCAACACAGAUUUAACAUGGUUCUUACUAAACUCCUUUUCACAACUCUCUCCGUCCGAAGAUGCUUCGCCCAUUAUCCGUGUCGCGUUCUCCUCGCUCUGCUUCGAGGUCUCAAGGGCAUUCGGAAUGUGGUCGCGUAUGAUGCGGUCGUACAGACCGCGGCAUACCACGAGGCUCGCGCCGACAGCUUUGUCGGUGGUUUUAUUCUCCGACGAUUUAACAAACGAUAGAGUUUCCUCAGCUUUGGCCAAUGCGAACUCGACCAUGAUUUGGCCCACUUCUCUGUAACCCUUGGCGUCGUAGCUACGAGGGUCUGAUCUGAGGAGCGACAGACAUAGCUCGCGGAAUGGGGUGGCAGAGCACCCCCAUACCAUCUUAUUGGUAUCAUUUUUGACGGGCUUUGCUGCCGAUAAAGAAUUCACAAGAGCGAGAAAGAGAA